AUGGCGUUGCCGGCAGCGCUUUUUCUUCAACUGCUGCUGUUGGGAGCCAACCUGUCAAGCAGCUGGGGGCUUUAUAUCUACACUGCAAGAAUUAUAAAAUUUGAGGCAUUGGAAAGUACCGAGAAGCAAUAUAUUGAUUUUCGCGAUGUUCGAGUUGUGGGUGCAGAGCACUCACUUAACGGUACUGUGCACAUUCUUGAGGAUAUGGAUGGCAGGCAUUUUCAAAUGUCUGCUGAUUUUCAGCACGAUCCCAAGCGAAAUCAUAUAUGGAAGCCAAUGAUAUUCUUUGUACCCAUUAUGGACAUCUGUUCGGGGCUGAGAGUGUUCUUAGAAAACUACGGCAAAGCGACAUUGCGACAGGGCGAGAAUACGAAUCUGCCAUUUACGGGCAGAGACUGUCCACUAUUCCAGGGUACGUACUUCGUAAAAAAUAUGCUGAUAAACAGCGAUAACUGGCCGGCUAUAAUACCCUUCGGUGGUAUGAGGCUCAAUCUACGAUUCUAUAGACAUUAUAAGUUUGUGGGUGGCUUGAGCCUUACGUUCAAUGUGGAGCGCCAGCUUUUGUGAAACAACCCUUCAAAGGAAUUAAUACUUCAUAUAAUCCCAUUGUAGGAUUCAGCUUGAAUUGGCUAUUAUUCUCAAUAGCGUGCAUUAAAUCACAAAA